AACCCAUAUCUGGGUUCUCUCACAAACAUCAUCUUCUUCCUCCUUUCCUUUCCUUUCCUUGCUCAUCCUUCUUCCUUCUUCUUCUUAUUCUCUCUCUCUCUCUCUUCUCCUUUCUUCUUCCUCUUUCAAACCCAAAUCUAGGUUUUUCUCAAACCCAGAUUUGGGUUUCAUCACAUAACAUGGAAACUAAUCUCGAAUAUACUAAACAGCAAAGCUGAGAUCUCCUAAGCCAACUAACAAAAAGGAACAUAGAUUAAAAAGAGUAAAGAAUUUCUAGAAAAAAAGCAAUUCGAGCCAAAUCAGAUACAAGCCAAAGCCAAAUGCAGAUCUAAUCUCGAAAAUAAUCAACAUGAAAACCAUUUAAUCAACUCAGAAAAUACACAUAGAAAACACAAAAUAAGCAAAAGAACAAAACCAGAUCUAUACCCUCCUUUUCUUCUCCUUGAUCACUUUCCUCUCCCUCGCUUUCACCUACUUCUUCCUCUUCACUCUCUACUGUUGCUACAGUUGCAGCAAGGGUUGAAUAAUUCCUUCUAAAAUACCCAUCAUCCAUCGACGCCGAACCCAGGCAGCCCCAAGCAUCCCCAGGCGUCGAUGAGGGUGGACGUGGCCUCUUCAGACCAGCAAUCUUCACGAACAGGCAAGGGACGAGAAUUAGGGAUGGCAGAGGAGGUUGCGGCUAGUGCUAGUGUUGAUCCAAGAGUGGUGGCGCGGCUAAUGGGGCUAGAGUCAUUGCCGAAGAAGAACCGGGUUCUGAUAGGGAAGAGUCUAGAGAGAGAACCUAGAUCUGAAUUCUUAAGGGAGAACCCACAUAGAUCUGGAAGGGGAAAGAGGAAGAUGAAGAAAGGGGAGAGAGAAACAACAAGAAAAAGGUCGAAGGAGGAAGGAAAAAGAGGAAGAAGGGAUGGAAGAAGAGGAAGAAGGCUGGGAAAGAGAAAGAGCCGAAGGGAUGAAAGAGAAGAAUGAAGGAAGAAGAUGAACAAUAUAAUAUAUCAUAUUAU